AUGAUUAGUUCAAUAUUGAUUGAUUAUUCAUUGGACUAUUGUUUUGAAUUUAUUAUAAGUAGUUCAACAAUUUCUGAUACUUUUAUUGAAACAAAAUAUUUAAAAUUCAUUAAUAAUAAAAAAAGAAUUAGAUAUUGUCCAAAAGUUAUAUUUAAUAAACGUGUUAUUUGUAUACUUAAUGGUACAUAUUGGAAAAAUUCAUAUGAUUAUCAAUUAGAAUAUCCUUUUACUCAAAUAGAUUGUCCAUGUUUUGGUUCUGAUUGUUCUAUUAAUACUUCUGUUAAAGAACUUUAUUUUCCAAAUGUACCUAUUACAACAAAAAUUAAUGAUUUCAUAACAAAUUUAUAUUUUGAAGAAAACAAUAAUCUUAUUAGUGUUACUUGUCAAUCUCAAAUCGCUCAUUUCCCUGGAAUGGUUUCUUUUCAAUCAAAUUCAACAAACUUAGUUAUUCAACAAAUUACUCAUGACCAAAAUGGAUAUUGUAUUCUAUUAGAUGAUACUGUAAGUUUUCCUUCUUAUGAAAAAACUAUAUUGACAACUUCUACUUUUUCUGUUAGUGGAAUGUCAUUUACUUUAUUUACAAAAGAAUCAUUUAUUAUUUAUAUGGGAGAGUUAUUUACUAAUUAUGUUUUAGAUAUUAAUUCUAUCUUUCCAAUUCUUCUUCUUUCAGUUAAUGGAUAUAAAACUACUGAUUCAGAUUCAUUUUGUCAUUUUGGUCUUAUUAAAAAUAAUCAAAAUAUUUGUCUUAGAAAAGCUAGUAUUCAAUGUCCUUCUUUUACUUAUCCUAAUUCUGAUUUUACAUCAUGUCUUCCAUGUAUCGAUAUUCAUUGUAAAUGGUGUAACAAUGAAAUGUGUUUUGUAUGUGCUGAUGAUUAUUUAUUAUCAAUAGAUGGUGUUUGUGUUAUGUUAAGUGAUAAAUCUCAUUCAACAAAUAAUCACUUGGUUUAUUGUGAAAAAGGAAGAGUUUUAAAUAAUAUAUGUACUGAUUAUGACAUUAACGAACCUUGUGUUUUAUCUUAUGAAUCAAAAUGUUAUCAAUGCAAUGGAGAUCUUCAUUAUAUUUUAAAUGACAAUAGUUGUUCAAUUUCAGAACAUUCAUUAGUUGUUGGAACAAAUUCUAUUAUUCAAUGUGACGAUGGGUAUUAUGAAUUAAAUGGAAUAUGUAUUUCAUGUAAACAAUUUGGAAACCAAUGUUCUCAAUGUUCAGCAACUAAAUGCGAAAGAUGUGAUGAUGGAACUCCUCUUCAAAAAGAUGGGACUUGUAGAAUUCCUUAUUGUCAAAAACAAGAAAAUGGAAAAUGUAGUAUUUGUACUGAUGAUUAUUCUACAAAUAUUAUUGGUUAUUGUGAAGAGAAAAUUGAAAAUUGCCAAAUUAGGUCUAUUUCAACAAAAGAAUGUAUUAUUUGUCAACCUGGUUUUGUUCUUCUUAAUGGUCAAUGUUAUAAAUCUAUUCAAAACUGUGAAACUAAUACUCAAGUAGGUUGUCUUAGAUGUGAAAAUUCAUAUUAUGCAUCUGAAGGAGUAUGUAAACCAUGUGAUUCUAAUUGUAAAACAUGCCUUUUAGAGAAAAAUAAAUGUUUUAGUUGUGAUUCUGGAUAUUAUUUAACAAAUCACAUGUGUGAAACAGACUCAAUUAUUUCUGAACGAUGUUCCCUUUACUCUAUUAAUGGUAAAUGUGUAAAAUGUAAAAAUGGAUAUUAUAGAGAUGGUGUUUCAUGUAUUGAUUGUGAUAUUUCUUGUUCAACAUGUAAUAAUGCAAAUGGUUGUUUAACUUGUAACUCAACUAAUUUUAAAAAUGGAGAUAAGGUAUGUGUCCCUAAAUCAACUAUCCAAGGUUGUGCUGUAGAAAUAACAGAAAAAGGUUGUUCUAAAUGUGAUGACGGUUAUUAUCUGAAUAAUAAUAUUUGCGAUAAUUGUUUAGAUUCAUGUAUAUCAUGUAAUGAUAGAUUUACUUGUGAUAAAUGUGCUAAUGAAACUGUUUGGUAUUCAGGUAGAUGUAUUUAUUACAGUAAAAUACCAUAUUGUAUUAAAGCAGAAAACUCUCGUUGUACUAAGUGUUCAUUUGGACAUACUAUAAUAGAUGAUACUUAUUGUUCUAAUUUUUCACUUCCAUUAUGGAUUUUAACAUUAAUUAUAAUAGGAGCCAUCUGUUGUUUGGGUGUUCUUAUUUCUAUUAUAAUAUCUCUGACUCUUUUGAGAUUUAGAAUAUUAAAGAAAAGCAAGUUAAAUUAUACUUUAGAAAAUAUGUCUAAAACAAAAGUAUUACAACACCGUUUAGAUGACUUUAUUGUAUGUGACUUAAGUAAAAUAACUUUCAACUCUACUGAUAACCCAAUUCCUGUCAGAAGUAUUUCUGUUCAAUCCAUUUAUAUUGGCAACUCUGGAAAACAUCCAAUUUUAAUUCAACUUAUUUCAUUCAAAAAUAACAAAUUUAAAAUAAAAUUUAAACCAGAUGUUGUUAACCUUAAACCAAAGAAGAUGUGUAAAAUUAAAGUUUGUGUCUUUCCUUUUUGUACAUUGACAGAAGAAUCUACUAUUAAAAUACAUGUUAAAAACAUAAUAUUACAUAAAUCAAAAUAUUCUUAUAUAAAACUAUUACUCAAUACUCAAGUUUCAUGUUAUAUUAAUGAAGAUGACUUAAAACAAUUUGAAAAAAUUGGUGAAGGGUCAACAGGAGUUGUGUAUAAAGGAUCAUAUAAAGGACAUCCAGUUGCAAUUAAAAAAAUUAGAGAUAGGUUUUUAAACGUAAAUGAAACUGAACAGUUCUAUAAAGAAACACAAUUACUUUACCAAUUUCGUAGUGAUUACGUUGUUUAUUUCUAUGGAUCAGUUAUUAAUUGUUCAACUUUUAUGUUUGUUACUGAACUGUCUCCAUAUGGUAGUUUUCAUAAUCUUGUUGUAAACAAACCUGAUACUUUUAGUAAAAAAUUUAAAUAUAAAUGUUUAUUAGACACUGCACAUGGUAUUCAAUACCUUCAUUCUAAUGGUAUUUUACAUAGAGAUAUUAAACCAGAUAAUAUACUAUUAUUUUCUUUAGAUGAAAAUUUAUUAGUUAAUGCAAAAUUGACAGAUUUUGGGUCAUCAAGAAGUGUUAAUAUGUUGUUAACAAAUUUAACAUUCACGAAAGGAAUUGGAACACCUGCAUACACAGCUCCAGAAAUAUUAGAUAGUGGACGUUAUAAAAAACCAGCUGAUAUUUUUGCUUUUGCUAUUACAAUGUAUGAAAUAUUAGAUUGGAAAACACCAUAUAAUACUCCUUUAUUUCCAUUUGCAUGGAGUAUAGCUGAUUUUGUUACUCAUGGAAAAAGAUUGAUGAAGACCAAUAAAAUAGAUGAUGAGGAAUAUAAAAUUAUUCAGAAAUGUUGGGUUGAUGAACCAAGUCAACGAAUAACUGUAGAAGAAGUUAUUUCUCAACUCCAAAAGUUGUACUCUAAUUAA